AUGUCUGCCUAUGACAACGACCGUAACAAGCUCCCAAAAAAGGAUAUUCUGGUGAAGACAGAUACAUAUGAAAAUCAUACUAUGAAACGUAUAACGGUCUGGAGGUGGCCAGCGUAUACUAUCAAUUGGCUGAAGCCAGAGUGGGAUGGACAGUUCUGUGUGCCUGAAGGUGAAAGCCCGGUGGAGUUGAGGAGCGACCCUCCUGGUUUGAGGCCAGAUACACCGCCUGUUGGACAUUGUGCAAGGCCAUCCAUUCGACGUUGGGGUGAUGGUGGACCGGGCGGCGAUAGCCCUUCUCCUCCUCUACCACCACCGCCACCGCCUCCGUCUCCGCCUUCUCUGUCUCCACCGCCUGCUAGUCUGUAUCCCACUAUUCGUCCGCAAACUCCGUUCAACCUGCCACCGAAUACUCCGUACAGACACAGAUAG